AUGAUAAUCUCAGACAACCUCCGUACGGCAUCUAUAUACAUCAACAACCAGCUGCUCUCCCGCGGCCUCCUGCGCGAUGGCGACACCAUUGACUUUGCCUACCCAGGCGACAACGAUGACGAGCUGGCGCACACCAUGGGUCGUAUAAUGGGGGUAGUUAACGACCUGAUCCUCCGGCGCGACCGCGACGCCGAAACCCGCGAAUCCCUCUCCCAAACCAUUCGCUCCCUGCGCGCCGAGUCCCUCCGCCAGACCACCGACAUUGUCCGGCUGUCCGAAAAGCUAACCGACUCCUCUCGAAAAACCGCUCUCGCCGAGCAGGAAGCCGCGCACGCCCGCGCCCAAUUAAAGGCCGCCGAGCAGACCGUUACCAAACUAAAAGAGGAGGCUGCCCGCCAAAAGAGCCUGGUACAGCAAACGAGAAAUGCGUGCGCGAAUGAGAUUCGCAAAAGGGAUCGCAUGAUUGAGGGGCUCAAAAAGGCGGUGGCGGAUGCGGGGAGGACGAGGGGGACUGGACAUACCAGGGGUGCUUCUAGGGACGGUGGACUAGGGCUUGGUGGUGGGGUAAUGAGCAUUGUGGUCCAAGCGGGCGACGAGUAUAAUGCUGAGGCGGGCGGCAAGAUGGGAGUUCCGCAGGGGAUGACUGGGUCAGAAGGGUACGAUCUCCGGAUGGAGACGAACGGGUUCCUUGCGGAGCUGGCCAAGGGUCUCAGCGAGGAGAAUGAGGUGCUGCUUGGGCUUGUGAGGAGGACGGUGAGGAGGAUGCAGGAGAUGAGUGGGUGGGAUGUGGUUGCUAAUGUUGUUGCGCAACAACAACAGCAGCAGCAGAAAGAUGAGGGCGGGGAUAUCAACAUGGAUGGUGUUGAGACAAGGAAGGAGGAGGGUGAUGAAGGGGAAAAGCACGCGCUGGUGAUUCCUACUAGCUGUAACGAACUGCAGCGCGACUUGGAAAACGUGCUGGAGCAUAUGCGCAUUAUCUUGACGAACCCGUCGUUUGUGCCCAUCGAGGAGGUGGUGGUGCGGGAGGACGAGAUUCACAGGUUGCGCGACGGCUGGGUCAAGAUGGAGAGCCGAUGGAAGGAGGCUGUCCAUCUGAUUGAUGGCUGGCGCAAUAGGAUGCAGGUCAGCGGUAGGCCCGUUAACGUGGAGGAGCUCAAGAUGGGUUUGCGACUUAGCCCAGUCAAGGUUAAGAACGUGGCGGAGACGGCGCAUGGGUUGCAGUUGGAGAUGCCCAGUGUUAGGGAAGAGGAGGAUGCUGAAGAGCAGGCGGAUCGCGAGGAAGUCGAGCGGUAUCUCGAAAAGGAGAAGGCCGAUGCCGCCGCUGCCGCCGCUGCCUCCACAAAUGCCUCUGGCCCAAGAUCCCGGGACAGUUCGCUUCAUCUUGUGCCGGCACCACCGGGAGGUGUGCCAGACGACCCCAUGGACGAAGACAGCGAGCAAUCGAGUAUUUUCGAGGACGACGAUCUCGACCUGGACGACCUGGAUGACGAUGAGGAGCCUAACGUGGAGGUUCUUGGGCACUCAUUGAUGCUGAGCUCCCCUCCGCCUCGCGUACCACCACAACUCAGCCCGCUCAAGGACUCGCCUGCAGCUGGCAAUAGGGGCGGGUUUGGACAGCCUAACUUUCGUCGAGGAGGCGGAGACUACACUAACAACCUGCGAGCAGCGGAAGUAGGCCCUCCUGUACCACCACACGCCGACAAGCUGCAGCAGACGAAAAAGUCCAUCCGACCAGUGCGACAACAAGAGGGAAAUGCUUCAGUGUCGGAGAGGGAACAGGCACGCCCAUCUACUGCACCAUCUACUACAUCUGCCGGUAGUAUCAAGCUGGUUAAGCCAGAGACAUCAGGACCCAAAGCUGCAUCUGCAGCGAGAAAGCGGCCAGGGACAACCACAACGACUACGUCGGCGACAGGGCCCACGGCGAGGACACGUUCACGUACACGUACUGCUGAGUUUGAUCGUGAAGCUGCUGCCCCUGUGACCAGGUCUCGGGCCCGUGAGGAAGCCGCUACAUCUGGUGGAGCCGGGAGAGCGCAGACGACAGCAACCGCGAGGAAACCGGCCGCCGAUAGGUCUAGACCACCUAUCACACGCGCUGCAACCACUACUGCGGCACCAGGACCAAGAGGCAAGAGCCAAACCCGAUCACUCACAUCAUCCGGUAAAGGCAAGGAGACCGAGAGCAAGACGGGCCCCAAGUUUGUACCCGGUCACAGGAGAACCAACUCGGAGAAGACCGCCUAUUCCACCGCCAGCGGCCCUGGCACUCCCGGGAGGGAAAGGGAAAUAGUAGGCAGUAACUCUCGACCUACCACCUCCAACGGGCUUACCAAGACAAGGGAAGCUACACUCCUCGCCCAAUCACCCAAGCUCGCACCAUCACCCAGGCUCACCAAGGGCCUGGCCACCAACAACAACAGCGAGAAUGGCAGCUCAACCGAUAGCGCGAACCGCAGCGGCGGCGGUGCCAUUUCCCAAUCACCCAUCAACCCCAACCGCUCGCCCAAGAGAACUGGCAACUCCCGUCUCCCGCUCCCUAGGACAGGGCUUGUUAACACCGCUGCCCUCCAGGCACAGCAGAGUCCACUCAACGUGGCCACCAUCGCCGCAAAGCUAGCCGCUUCUGAACGAGAAGCUGACGCAGCUCGGGUGAGGGCUAAGCUGAAGGCCAUGAAGAGAUCCGAGCAGGAGAGCGUGGGUCCUUCUCAGUCUCAGCGGUCCACCAAUGGAGCCAGCCAGAGACACAGCAAGAACCAAAGUCAGAACCAGACCCAGCCCGACGAGAACCAAAACAACAACGGCCGUGCCACACCGAUGGACAUGGACAACGACGAUGAAAAUGAAUUAAAAAUCUCUCGCCGCCGCCCCGCCACACCCGGCAGACAAUCCAAGACCCCCAAAACAGCGAGCAGAGCGGCCCGGGAAGAGGAGCUCUUUGACUUUGAACAAGAAGACGAAGAAGCGGAUGAGCUUGCCGGGCCACAAACAACAAACCAUGACUACGACAUGGGAAUGGAAAAGUUGCAUGUGCAGAAGCGCAAGAGGGAGAAGAUGAGGACGAGCAGAACGGCCAGUCGGAGGAGGAGUACCCUGAACCCGUGGGAAUUGCAGAGUUUGUUGCAGGGGAGUGUCAAUGUACCGCCGCCUAUGCCUUCGAUGCCUCCGCCGCCGCAGAACCCGAUGACGGCUGGGAUGGGAAGCGUGGGGAUGACUGAUGUUGGGAUGGAAGGUUAG